AUGCAAGAUGGGGAGGGGCGUAAGCUAUGUCCAUUUGGUCGUAACCUACGCCACAAAGCUAGUGGCCACAAAGCUAGUGGCCAGCUGGGGAAUGCUGCAAUUGUGGUAGGUUUCAUUGAGGAUGAACGAAAUGCUCUUCUGGCGCUCAAGGCUGGUUUUCAUAACACUUUUCUUGACGAAAAAUGGCAAACCUUCAAUUGUUAUGAGUGGUUUGGGCUUACUUGCAAUGGCAGAGUUGUUGGUGUAACUCUUGAGAAUCUUAACAUUACUGGGGAUACCAAAGUUGACGCGCUUUUCAACCUCACCGCUCUAUCCAUUUUGAGCUUAAGAAAUAACUUGAUAUCUGGCCACCUAAUGGACUUCUCAAAGAACGUGGAUUUAGCCCGACUUGAUUUGUCUAACAACAACUUUAACGGGCCAAUUUCACUUUCACUCGUCGACCUGACUCUCUUGGAGUCGUUACAACUCCAAGAAAAUAGGUUGACAGGUUCAAUUCCAGCAUUUGAUCAGUCAAGUUUGAAAGAACUUAACGUCUCAAGCAACAGUCUCUCAGGACAAAUACCACAAACUAAAAUACUUCAAUCAUUCAACUCUUCUUCGUAUGAUCAUAACCAACUUUUGUGUGGAUCACCCUCUUCAAAACCAUGUACACUCACAUCACCAGUUAAUGAUUCUUCAAAUAGUUCAAACAAGUCUGACAUCCGUAUUAUCUUGAUUAUUAUUAAUAUUUUAGGAUUUUUUGUUCUUCUUAUGCUGUUAAUGGUUCUAUUUAAGAGAACUAAAGUACUUAAUCAAAAGAUCAUGGAGAAAAAGAACGCUGUACAUGACAAUGAUGAGGAAAAGGGGCAGGAAUUACCAAGUAGAGUGAUUGAUCAACAACCAGUGUCAGAGCAAGACCAAGAAAAGCUUGUUUUUGUGAAUGGAGAACCCGAAUUUGAGCUAGAUAGCCUUAUGAAGGCGUCAGCUGAGAGUUUGGGCAAAGGGAAUUUCGGAAACACAUAUAGGGCAAGGUUGGAAGACGGAAGAAGUGUCAUAGUGAAAAGGCUAAGAGAUUUGAAGCCAUUGAGCCAAAAUGAAUUCAUGAGUCAUUUGCAGGUCAUCGCGGCUCAUAAACAUCCAAACCUGGCAGCACCUCUAGCAUACUUUUACUCAAAGGAAGAAAAAUUGUUGGUGCAUAAGUUCAUACCAAAUGGGAGCCUUUUCAAUCGCCUCCAUGGAGGAAGAGGGACGAGUGAACGAAUCCCACUCCGAUGGAGUACAAGGUUAGCCAUUGCACGUGGAGUGGCACGAGCCUUAGAGUACUUACACAUGAACCAUGAUUCACAAACUCAAGUUCCUCAUGGCAAUCUAAAAUCAUCCAAUGUACUCAUUGAUGAGAACAACAUGGUGUUUGUUUCUGACUAUGGUCUUACCUCAAUUAUCUCAAAGACAAUAGCGGUUCAACGAAUGGUUUCCUUCCAAUCCCCUGAAUACCAAACCUCCAAAAAAGUCUCAAAGAAGUCUGAUGUAUGGAGCUAUGGCAGCCUAAUUAUGGAACUCCUGACCGGAAGAGUUAGCAUUCAUUCUGUUCCACAAGACAGCAGAGCUGUUGACCUUUGCAGUUGGGUACAUCGUGCAGUUCGUGAAGAAUGGACCGCUGAGAUCUUUGAUUUAGAGAUCAUGGUGCAAAGAAGUGCGAUACAUGGGAUGUUGAAAUUGCUAGAACUAGCCGUGCAUUGUUGUGACAAAUCACCAGAAAAACGACCUGAGAUGAGUGAGGUAGUAAGAGAAGUCGAGAGUAUUAAGACUCCUAAUGCCGAUUCAGAAAGUGAAGAAGAUCUAUCUGGUGAUCGUUCUUUGACUGAUGAUUCCAUGUCUGCGACUCCAUCAAGAUGA